AAAACCCUUUCUUUUCUAUCUUCUUCUCUUUUUUUAAUUUAUUUUUUUUCCAUAAACGAAUUUUGUCCAGAAAAUAUUAAGACCGAAAAAGCUUAGUCAGUGAGCGAAGAGAGAGCAUGGCUAGUAUGGCGUCGGCUGCCUCGGGGUUCGUACUGACUCCUAACGUGGCCACUACCACCACCAGCAGCACCACCACAGGCGCCGCUAUUUCCAGUCGGAGCAGCGUUUCGUUUUUCUAUCUAAAGAACAACGCUACCGCCGCCAACAACAGCAGAGCCAACACUAGACUCGUCGUCAGGGCCGCCGACGAAGGAGCUGCGCCACCCGCAGCCACCAAGACAGCACCCGAAGGUGGUGAAGCUUCUAAGCCUAAGCCUCCACCCAUUGGACCCAAGAGAGGCGCCAAGGUUAGGAUUCUUAGAAGGGAAUCCUACUGGUACAAGGAUGUUGGCAGUGUUGUAGCUGUUGACCAGGACCCAAAGACCCGUUACCCAGUUGUGGUUCGAUUCAGCAAGGUUAACUAUGCCAGUGUAUCUACAAAUAACUAUGCAUUGGAUGAGAUUGAAGAAGUUAAAUGAUUUAAUAUAUUUCCAAUGUAAAUUGUUAUUGUAAUUCUCAGUUCUCUUGCUAUAAUUUCUAGUCUUUUUUCUUCUUCUAAGGAAUGUGUAUCAUACUGUGAUUUGUUUCUUCUCUCUUCUCCCAAGUUAAUGAGAGUAUUGCUUACAAUCCAA